AUGGAUGUUCAACAACUGUUUAAAAGCCUCAGGAAGGAAGCUGAAUGUCCUCUGUGCUUGGAGACAGUCAAAGAUCCCAAAACUCUGCCAUGUUUACACUCCUUCUGUUUGGUAUGCCUCGACAAACACGCAAACUACGCAAGAAGACAGCUUCAGACAGCAAUCAAAUGUCCGGUUUGUCAGGCUAGCUUUCAAAUCCCUGAAGAAGACACGUUUGGCGGCCUUCCCGCGUCUUUUCAUCUCAACCGACUAGUGGAUCUCCUCGCUCUAGCGGAUGGUGGUACAGAGUCCCAACAAUGCGGCAGUUGCGAAGAAAACAACAGUGCAACUCACUACUGUUUUGAGUGCCAGAGCUUUCUCUGUACAACAUGUUUUGAAGCUCAUCAACGCAUCAAGGCCACAAGAGGUCACAAAAAUAUCUCUGUCAAGAAUUUGCAGGCAAGUGAUGUUGACAAGUUGAUACGCAGACCAGCCAUGUGUUCAGAGAAAUACCACCAAGAUCAGCCACUCGAAUAUUAUUGUCAAGAUUGUAACGUUUGCACCUGCAUAAAGUGCAGUGUUGUGAGUCAUAAUCACCACACUAUGGUUGAUAUGCAGAAAGCUGCAGAUGAACAAAAAAGGCAAAUAGCUUUGGCUUUGAAAAAAGUGAAAGCGGAAGUUGCUAUGUUCGAAAAUGAAAUGAAGCACCAAAUGGAGUUAAUGGACGAAAACAAAACACAAAUAUCGGCUGCCAGAGAGAAGAUGAACGAGACUGUGGACGAUUGUAUUCGCUUAUUAACGGAGCAUAAGGCGUCAAUGAAUGCGAAAUUCGAUGAAGUUUAUCAAGCGCAUCAAAAAGCUCACGCAACACAUCUGGAAAACUUCCAGCUCGCUGUCACUCAGUUAAAAAGUUCUCUUGAACAAGGUGAGAACAUCUUAGAGAGGAAUGUCAAUGCUGAAAUUUUGCAAACGAAGCCAGUGAUUAUUGGACGUUGUGAGUACCUUUUAAAAGCAAAAAAACCUGCGACUUACGAACCACCCCAUGUAUAUUACGUUGUAGAACAGAAAAUGGAUGUUGUGGAUCGAGUUGUGGUGAGUCAAACAGAUCCCUCUUUGUCAAGUGUCGAAGAACUUUUGAGGGAAGUGAAAGAACAGAUAGAGACAUAUUUUGUUGUUUUCACGAGAGAUUCGUAUGGAAGGCAAUGCUAUAACGAGGAUGAUCAUAUUAUGUGUGACAUUUACACUUCAGCAGGGGAUAGUUUGGAAACAGAUCUGAAGAUUGAAGACGACGAAGAUGGCAGCUACACAGUAUAUUAUACACCAGAUCGUAUCGGAAUAUAUAAAGUGGAAGUUGAAGUGAAUGGAAAACCGCUGGAUAAUAAUAUCUGGAGUUCACAACUGGAGGAUUGUAGUCCCUGGAGUGUUCAAGUCAUCCAACAGUAUAUGAUUUUGUAUGAUUUUGAAUUUGGUUCAAGUGAUAACAGACCAGGACAGUUUAAUACUCCUUAUGAUAUUGCCAUAAGUGAGGAAACAGGAACUAUUGCUGUAUCUGACUACCAAAAUAAGAGAAUUCAGCUGUUUGACUCUAAUGGCGGCUACCUGAGAGAGAUAGGACUGAGGGCUAACUGUACCUCAUUAGACUUUACCAAGGCUGGUCACAUAAUUGCCGUUACUCCUAGUGAUGUUCACAAAAUUUCUUUGUUUUCUGAGGAGGGUCAGUUUAUUAAGUACAUCGACAGUGAGCACUUGAAGUUUCCUUUCCAUAUAUCCACCGAUGACGAUGAUGAUAUCACGGUAUGUGAUCAAGAGAGUAAUGAGGUUAUAGUCAUCUCUCCUGACGGAACACAGUUAGUAACACGCAUUACUGCUUCAGAGUGUGAUCAGUCAAUAAUGUAUGCCAUUUACCAUGAAGAAUCAUCCUGUUUCUUUGUCUCAGAUUCUAAGGCUGACUGUGUCAAUGUUUUUGAUGUGGAAGGAAACUUCUUGCAUGAUAUUGGUCGCGGGAGUUUACUUUAUCCUGUCGGCCUUGCUAUUGACAAAUUUAACCACUUAAUUGUUUGUGAUACUGGGAACCAGAGGCUCGUAGUAUUUACUACUGAGGGAGACUAUCUCACAGAGACUGAACAAUGUUUUCACACACCAUAUUUUGUUGCCGUGUCUGAAGAUGGGAACAUUGUAGUCACUGAUUAUGAAAAAAAUAACUGUUUAUCUUUUUCAUUAAACCUAUAAUAGCGAUAAACACGUUCUAGACAAGUCUUACAGCCUGAGCUUAGGACUCGUUUAUCAGCAUAAAAAAUUUCUUUUAACAAAGUAAAUAAAAAGAGUGCACAGAAGAAAGUAAGUGUUAACUUUUUUAAAAAUUUUUUACAAGAUAGAAAUUUCACCAGGUGUUUAUUACCUGGGACUGCCAUUUGAAGUAAAGUGGACACAUUUGAUUGAAAAAUAAAAAUAUAUAUAUAUAUCUAUUCAAAAAUUUAACUGUGCAGAGCUUUUAACAAAAGAUGUGGAGUAUCAUGAAUCUAAAAACUUAUCUACUUUUUUGGUAGUUGUUGAUUUUGUCCAUUUUUUUUCUUAUUGCCUAAUGGCUAUAGUAAAUAGAACAUAGCUUAUUAGGCAUUUACAGGCAGUUGUUUAUGGACCACCACAUAAGUUUGGUGCAUUGCCCUUAUUAAAUAAAAGAAAGCAUGAAAUAAUAAUGAUAGCAAAAGUUAAUAAAGAAAUUAGGAAUUGAACUUAAAAGGGGUCAAAAAUAACAACCACCAAAAGACCUUCAAGUAGUGGUAACUUACCAUUACAUUGAGGUUUUUCUUUUGGCUGGAAGCAAACACUUCUCCUGUGGGUUGUGGGUUAUUUGAUGUAAAGAAACAUGCUUGCUUGGCGCUUUGUGCUUUGUUGGCUUUUUGCCAUCUCAUAUGGAAUAAUUGUUAAAUAUCAAUUAGAGGAUUAUUAGUUGAUCCAAUACCAAAUUCUCAGAACUAACAUCAAACGAAUUGUCUAGCAGAUAGUAAGGAGAACUGCUAUUUAGAUUUUUAACAUGAAAGGGUUAAGCUAAUUAGAUUUCCUCCAAUCUGAAUUACAUUUUAACAUAAAAAAUACAAAUAUAAUAGAGGAAAAGACAGUGCAAGGUCAAAGUAAGGUAGUGAUAAAAACUGAGAAAGAAGUACUUAAAAAUUGCUCUUUGAAAUAGUUUUCUGGUAGUCUUCUUUCGUAUAGAUAUAGUAAGAUCAUUCCAAUAGUAGCAUCUAAUGAUUGUUGGACAGAAUCUCCUUAGAUAUUUUUUUACAAACUUUUUAAUUAGAGCUGUUGUGUUGAUAUAGGUUUUGAAGAUUUGUCUUCCUUCUUAAGUUUAGAGUGUGAUUGUAAGCAUAAACAAAUUUUUAAACAAAUUGAAAGAAAGAAUGCAUGAGAGGUAGUUUGCCCGUUAAAUUUUUCAAAUUUUUGACAAGAUAGAAAUUACACCAGUUGCUUCACACAUAGGACUGUCAAUUGUAACACAGUGGACAUAUUUAAUAAAAAAAUUAUCUAUAUGGAUAUAUAUGUAUAAAUAUAUGUCAUAUCAAACUUAUCCCAUAGAAAACUGAACAUUUGCUUAAAUUGGUCCCAAGCCUCCGUAUUACUCACCUGACAUGCGCAGAGCAAUUAAAUAUGCAAAGAGCGGCAAUGUUAAAAAUGGCGGCCAACAGAGUGAAGCGGGAGCGUAAGACUCCGAAGAGAUUUAUUGACGAAUUCGCAGAAGUUAAGCCCAAGCAAUGGAAGAAAAUAAAAACUACGGAUAAGAAUAUUUAUCCUGUAGAGAUAAUACAGGUCGACAAAGCGAGAAACAUGGUCAAAAUUCAUUUCAAAGGGUACAGCGAGAAAUUUGACGAAUAGAGGUCAUGCGAUGAACAUAAUUUGCCCGUAAUGUGAUUGGAACCGAUGUCAAAACCAACCGAUGAUUCCUUCAACGAUCGCCUGCAAACUUUUUAUGAACGCGUUUACAGGGAGAUCAAGCGAAAGUUGUACUCUGGGCGCAGAGAGGAUCCAGAAGUUCGUAUUGAAAUUCAAGUCGAUGACGACGUUUUCUAUAAAAGUCUUGGAAGGAUUUCAUCCAAAAAAUAUCAGAGGAAUAAACUAAUAUAUGAAAUUCUGGAUUGUUAUAUUGGCACAAAGUGGAAUGAGUGGAUCAUGAAUGAAAACGGCGAUUUUGCUUAUGUUGUACCAGGGACUGAGAUUUUGGUUGACAAAAAGAAAUCCCAUAGUGGAAUUUAAAUUAAUUGGCGAUAAAUACGUGAGAUCUGAAAUCGAAGACGGGCAUCAAGUCGUUUUUACAUUUGUCCGUGGAGAUGGCAACAGAUGUGGAUACAAAAAUAUGGUCCAUUAUUAAUAUAUUUGAUUUAGCACAUGUUUAUUGAUUUUGAUAGUUGAUGUCAAAGAAUUAUUUUACUUGCAGGUGAAUUACCUUCAUAAAAUGUAAACAUGUGGUUAUAAAUCACCCAUAUAUUUCCGUCUGUGAUUCUGUUGUAAUCAAUGCAGUAACAUUUUUGAAAAAGACUCCUUGAAUACUGUAUACAAGAAACAUUUCACAGGCAUAGCAAAUUAUUCCACACAACUUCUACUAACAGUUUUUGGGUAAUACACUCCUUUAAUACAUUGAUAUAUUAUAUGAUUACUGAUUGAUUAAAUCACAUCUUGGCUUCCAUUUACCAUCUAUUUUAACAAGAUGUGCACAGAAAGUGGGAGCAUCGCAUCUGCUGCAUUUUGCGGUACAUGUUUUGAUGGUAUGGCCAGAAGUUGAACAGUUUCCACAGUUGUAGCUUUCCUUCACCCUUUCCAAACCAGCAGCUUCCAAAAGCUGUAUUCUGUGUUUUUUCAAGAAAAGUUGCUUUAGAGCAGAAACCCCUCUAUGAUUAGAUGAUCUAAAGUAGUCCUUUGAUACAGUGUCAUUGUACUUCUCCAUACCUUGCUGAGUGUAAUAAGCUAAAUUUUGGUAUAGCUUUAAAAAUUCAGGUACAUGAGCAUACAAAGAAUGCAUAUAUAGUGUUACAUCUUUUGCUUGGUAAAGGUCUAAGAAUUUUUGAAACCAUCUUUUGAUUUUGUCUUUGAGGCUAGAGAUAGCAUCAUCUGUAGUGUAAUUAAGUUUAAGAUCACCCAUAAUAUCUAUGAAAUUACCCCAAAGGGCUUGCAGCUUGUCCACAUUAUGAAACUUUGGUAAUAGUAAGUGAAAAUUAAUAUGUUGGAAAAGCAAGAGUUUUUCAGGUCCAGUAAGGUCUCUGUACUCCAACUUCUUGCUGUCCCUAUUAAUUUUCCAUUCAAAAUUAAUUCCAAGUUCUUUUACAAAUUUCUCAUACCCAGCCAUAUGUCUAUACUUAUUUUGAAAAAACCCAUUUGAAAAAGUAGAUACCUUGUCAAUGGCAUCUUUCCUGCGAAGUUCCCUGAUCAGAAGUUCAAUUAAAUUAUCAGAUAUUCUCAAAAAUAAAUGUAGUGUAUCAAUUAUUACAUGGUCAAUAGGAAUAAAAUCAAAUAAUAGAUUGGUUUUACAAUUGUAUUUCUUAGAUUUUGCAUACUUACCUAUUUCUUGUAAAUCUCUUGCCCCAAGAGAUUUGUCAGUUAUAGACCACUUUUUACUGAUGUCAAACCUUUCAUUUCUUGGGCACUUACGCCAAAUACAAGAGAAAUUUUGAUUAGCAGCCCCUAAACCACAAACACAGGCUAGAAACUUCCAGUCUCCUCCCAAAAAAUACUCAAUGCUAUACUUAUGAAUAUUUACAGUUAUUUCUUUUAAAUUUGACAUUUCAUUAUUUAGAUCAGCAAGGCUUUCUUUAAGAUUGUCAUAGUUCUCUGUUGUCUUAAUUAUUGCUAGAACAUAGUUCCCUUUUUCAUUCAUUGCUGCAUCAUUUUCAUUCAAAAUUGUGUAUGUGACAUUUUCAAGUUUAAGCCUUUUCCCAAUGUUGUAACCUUGUCCAAUACUCCAUUUUUCUGCAGCCUUUUUAUCUGUUCCUCAAGACUCUCCCUGAAAGAAAUCUGUACUCCCUCUGCCUCCCCUGGUGUACUUCUCAGAUUCCAAUUGGCAUUUAGCUUAUCUAGGUGUUUGCACAUUUGAUAUUUUGUGGGCAUGUCUUUACACUUCAUGGCCAACUCAUGCCAAGCUUCAUUAGAUAUAUUCAAUUUGUCCUUCAAGUAAGCCCACAUAUUGAUGUCAUCAAUAUCAUUGUCAGUCAGUUCUAUUGGCUCUGUUUCCAAUAGUUGUAACUCUCCCUCUUCUACCAAUGAAAUAGUUUCACAUUGUUGAGUGUCAUUAUUAAAUACCUCAACCUUGGUGGCAAUAAAAUCGUAGAGGCCUAAAAAUGGCAGUGCUGAGUGGCAUACUUCUUUUAGUGAGGCGUGAGUGGUCCAGUGGUCUGAGCGCUGGACUCUGGGUCGUUCGAGUCCUGGCCGGGGCACUACGUUGUGACCUUAAGCCUAAAAUAAGACGUGGCCCGUCUCCUGCAGGGUUUGGGGUAGGAGACGUUAAUUUCCCACGUUACUGGUGAUGGAUGUCCUCCCCUGGGUUGGGUUGGGUGGAUUUAAGAGGGGUAGUGUCCCGUAUGGGACUCUAUGUCCCGCUGCACUAACCCAAUUGGCGUCCGUCUAUUCGUAGACGUACCCAAUAAAGUUGUUAUAAAGUUGUUAUAAAAAUUUAAAUCCUCGCCUUGAUCUUGCCUGAUGUUGUUUGGUAUAAUCAGUGAAACGUUUGCUUUUGUUUGGACCUCUUUGUCCCUUUUUUGCAUUCUUGCUGCUUUUUUCGCUAAUCUUUUGAAUCUUUGUUUGUAUUGUUCUUUUCUGUUUUCCGAAUCCCUAAUAACAUCUUCAAACUCCUGCUCAAUUUUUAAUCGCUUUGCCUGCUCUGCGGCUAAAUCCAGUUCAGCUUUCCUUUUCUGCCCACGAAGCUGUUGGUUUUCCUCAAUCAAUGAGUUGUUUUCAAGCUCAUGAUAGAAAAAUUUGAAGGAGUAGUUUUUUGCUUUCCACGCAUCAAUAAGCUUCUUUAUACUUUCCCCCACACUUUUUGACGCUUUCUUGAAUGCUAAAUGGCUUCAAGUCCCAUUUCCCGAACCCAAACAAUAUCCAAACCUCAUUUCGUAUUUCGCGGUAAUAACCAGUUUUAGGCAUGCGCUUUAGAGUUAUAGCCCCAGACUCCAUGGCCACUGCUUGCAUGUGGCCUGAACCCCUCUUCGACAUGUCUGAAUCGCUAACCAUAAGUCUCAAAAACCCGAACGAAAUAUUUUAAUGAUUGCCUUCAAAUGCAGUGGUAUAGAAAGCUUAUGUACGUUAGUUUUAGAAACUGAAGGUAAGAAAGAUAGCAAUUCAAAUGAAAUACACGAAAAAAAGGAAAAUGUUCGAAAAUUAACGUGUUUUUGACUGACCUCAGACUGCGUGACAUGUCACGAAAAUCUACAGAGGCAGAUGUUAAACGUAAGUUUGAUAUGUACCAAAAUUAAACUAUACAGAGCUUUGAUUAAAAGUCAUAAAAUAUCACAAAUGCACAAACCUUUCUCAACUUUUUAGCUGCAUAUUAUGAUUGUUCACUGGCUGAAUAAAACAGCUUAUUAAGCGUUGUGCUUUCCGACACAGGGGCAAGCACCCCACCAAUUCCCCUCAACCUCUGCCUUUUCGAGCGGUACUACGCAGCCCCCCAGCGAAACGGUGGAGAGCCGCCGCAGUAGGCAACGAAAAGAACUAUACCAAGACCGUAAUAUGUCUACCAACGAACAAAGGGUUUAUGUAUUUCACCGUACCUGUCCCUUGGGGAGAGUCAAGAGCGACUCUGCAGGGGGCAGGGAUUGUGGGUAAAGCCAGUAUUGACUCUGGCAAAAGACAUCGCCAGUGAAAUAACAAGUCUAUUUGGGCAUUGUUUUGGGAUCGUUGACGAGCAAAUUCUUCCAUUUCAUUACUUCGGGUAAGAGGAGUCAAAGAAAACGGAAAUCUCUCGGCGACUUUCUGUGGAAGCCCUCCUUGGUCUUCUUAAAGAGGUCUUCUGUCAGAGUGUAAAUUGAGCUCGUGCCUAAAGUGCCUAUGAUACGAAUUUUUUUUUUGUAUUUUCUGGUUGAUAGCUGUAUUUAAAUUAGAAAUAAUCGACCAAGGCACCUACCGAGUUCUCCUUGACUAUUGAAUAAUACAAAUAUACCGGGCAUUUCUAUACACUGCUUUCCCAAGGAUUUUAGCUACAUUGCAAUGAUGGACGUGUUUCGAUCGACGACGUUUCCAUUUUACUCUUCAAUGUCGUCAGUCGUAUGCUCCGUACCGGCUUCAUAGACGACUAUUACGAACACAUACCACUAAAUAAAUCAGGAGAAGAUAGCCAAUGAAUUCAGCUAAAAAGAAUGUUGAUUAAGGGGCCUGUUCCCUCACCGAACACGACUACUCAACAUUCUUUUCGGCUGGCAUUUCGCAAGCGAAGAAUGGUGAGCUCCAUGUUGUUGUUUAUUUCGCGCGCUUGAAUUAUAAUAUUAACAAUAAAACAACAAUAAUAAUAAUGAUAAUAAUAAUGAUAAUAAUAAUGAUAUGUCUUUAUUCGCUCAUAGGAUAAAAAAUACAUUUCCUAUGUUACAAGUUAAAAAUCUAAAGCGCACUAACUAUAAAAGAUGUCGAAAAAUACCCUAUUCUAAUGCUAAAUUAUAUUUAAAGACUAAUCUAUUUACAUGGGUCCUCAUAGAGUGGACCGUAUUGUUCCUGGGUUUUCCAGAGGAUUUUCUUCUAAGGUUGUAAUGGGUAGAUUUGAUUCUCGGUAGAAACAGCGGGAGAGGAUGAUUUACAAUGGCAGAUAUUUUCUUGAAAAUGUUACGGUCUUGUGUUUCCAGAAGGUUGUAAACAUUGCUAUGUUUAGAACAGAACUGAUGUUUAAAACAGCGAUGAAGGAAGCCUUGUACAGUGGAGAGGUCAGAUUCUGAGGCACCAUAAACAGCUAAAGCGUGAAGAAGAUUUGGCAGAACCAGAGUUUUGAAAAGAUGAUUAAUUUCAUUGUAACCUUUUCAGCGCAAAGUUUUCAUACUACUUGUCUUUCCACAUGAUUACAUUUGCGCUUUCCUUAUCGUAUGAAAAUCCAACCAAUUAUAGUUUCCAUGGUGUUUUAAUAACAGAAAUACAUUACUUGCAAUGAAGUUCAAGCCCUUUCCUGAGCUGACCGAUAUCCUGUUGCGAGAAUAGUGCGAAACCUCUAGUGGAUUACUGGCAUAAACAGAAGCUCGAAGGGCCCGUGUAUUCUCCUAACCUAGGUUUCCGAAAUUCCAUCCCACGAGCCAUCAAUUCUCCCCUGCCCUCAAGAAACUAAAAGUAGCAACAAUAGCAUGUCAUUGUGAUAACAGCACUGCAACGAGAUAAAUAAAGAGACACAAAUUUUAUUCCACUAGAUGGUAGCAAAUCCACGUGCUGUGAGAAAGUGGAUGCAUACAAAAUAUUCAUUUACAAUACUGAUGUCAGUUAUUUGCCAUUGAGCGAAACGUGUCAUAUGGCAAUGAUGCACUUAAACUAAAGCAGUUAACUUUUACCUACCUUACAAUCCUUUAACGUCCAACAUACGGCGUAUUAACCUUGUAGAUCUCAUAUGUGACAAUUGUGGCUCCUGUCUUAUUUGUAAUUUAUGAGAAUUUUUAGAAAUAUUUUAAGCACCUCUCUGUAUAUUUUGAUAGGGAUAACUCCGUAAAUUUAACUUUUUAUAAACUUUAGAUUUUAGUGAAUUAUGAAUAUACUCAAUGAUACCAUGUAUAAACUCAUUGUAUAACUUUUUCUUAUUAUUUUAGUGUCCCCAAUUAGUUUUUGAAGCUAAAGACAUCGACACUUAAAUAAAGUUGUUAUGUUAUUUUCGUCAAAAGUUAGCUUUUUGUUUUUUAAGGGAAUUAUUCUGCAGCAACGAAGCUCUAGAGCACUGACCAAGGGGAACCUUCGCCGCACUUAGUGCUAAGGAAUAAAACGUUAUGGCAACAGAAACGAACACAGCUACCCAUUCUUAACAUAGAUUUCGUCAUAGAAAACAAAACACGAACGAAAUAAACUAAACAUUCAGUAGCAGGAGCUUUUGUUCUAAUCUUGACCUGAACACCGUGUUCGCAGGCGAGAAACCGUCCUUGUCAGUGUUUUUCGGAAUCUUCGUUUAGAUGCGCGCGGUUCUCCUUCGUUGGGCUGAAUCGUACUCGCAACUUCCAUUUCUUCUUUACUACUUGAGUAGGAUGUAUCACAACUCUCGGUAGAGCUUGCUGAAGGUAAGUAUACAUCGCUAUCGGACAUUAUUUCAAGAGUACAAUGAUUUCAACGCUGACUGAUACCAGUCCAUGGGACACUUUUAAGGCAAAAUAAGAGCACUUAAGGGCCCGAAAAAAUCGCCUCUUAAGUUUUUUGAAAUUUUUCUUCCAUCGGAAUCGGUUUUUACAUAUGAUAAGCUAAAUAUUUACGCAAAAAAAUUUGUUGUCAAAGGCACUUUAAACGUUUACUUGCAAUUCUCCAUUUUCAAAUCUCCGCAAAAGGAUUCUAAACGAUCUCUACAGAUGCACCGCCUAGCCAAAUUCUUCACUUUUUCAAGCUCUAAAGGGACCUCAGAGAAAUUUUUCCUUACGAUACCACAAAAGACAAACGUAAUAAAUGCAAAUGCAUUGCUCUCUGUCCGCUAUCGUUAUCCCGCUCUUUCGUUGGUCUCAUUGGUCUCGUUAUUUGAGAGCUUAGGACGAGCUAUGCAGAAUGAUACAUGACUAGACGUCUGAAACAAUACGGGCGGUGAAAUAAAAAAACAUAUUAUCCGCCUAAGUUUCUUUCAAUUUUACCGAUAUCUUCAGAGAGAGCCACAAGAAAUAUUCAUUACUCAGUCAUUUAAUUAUUCAUCACUGUCACAAAUACAUACACAGAAACAUCGGGUGGUGCGCUUGUGGUUGCCUGUUGUGAAUUUUCCGAGAAAGCCCUUCGGUUCAGCACAUAUUCCUCGAAAAACUGUCAGACAAUGAUCUUUCGUUAGGACGGGGGGCACUCGAAGAGCCAAUUUAUCCAUGGAUGUUCAACAACUGUUUAAAAGCCUCAGGAAAGAAGCUGAAUGUCCUCUGUGCUUAGAGACAGUCAAAGAUCCCAAGACUCUGCCAUGUUUACACUCCUUCUGUUUGGUAUGCCUCGACAAACACGCACACUACGCAAGAAGACAGCUUCACACAGCAAUCAAAUGUCCGGUUUGUCAGGCUAGCUUUCAAAUCCCUCAAGAAGACACGUUUGGCGGCCUUCCUGCGUCUUUUCAUCUCAACCGAUUGGUGGAUCUCCUCGCUCUAACGGAUGGUGGUACAGAGUCCCAACAAUGCGGCAGUUGCGAAGAAAACAACACUGCGACUCACUAUUGUUUUGAGUGCCAGAGCUUUCUCUGUACAACUUGUUUUAAAGCUCAUCAACGCAUCAAGGCCACAAGAGGUCACAAAAAUAUCUCUGUCGACAAUUUGCAGGCAGACGAUGUCGAAAAGUUGAUUCGUAGACCAGUCAUGUGUUCAGAGCAAUAUCAUCAAGAUCAACCACUGGAGUAUUAUUGCAAAGAUUGUAACGUUUGCACCUGCAUAAAGUGCAGUGUUGUGAGUCAUAAUCAACACACUAUGGUUGAUAUGCAGAAAGCUGCAGAUGAACAAAAGAUGCAAAUAGACGAGGCUUUGAAGAAAGUGAAAGCGGAAGUUGUUAUUUUAGAAAAUGAAAUGAAGAACCAAACUGAAUUAAUGAACAAAAACAAAACACAAAUAUCGGCUGCCAGAGAGAAGAUGAACGAGACUGUGGACGAUUGUAUUCGCUUAUUAACGGAGCAUAAGGCGUCAAUAAAUGCGAAAUUCGAUGAAAUUAAUCAAGCGCAUCAAAAAGCUCACGCAACACGUCUGGAAAACUUCCAGCUCGCUGUCGCGCAGUUGAAAAGUUCUUUGGAACAAGGGGAGAAUAUCUUGGAGAGGAAUAUCAAUGCUGAAAUUCUGCAAACGAAGCCAGUGAUUAUUGGACGCUGCGAAGACCUUUUAAAUGCGAAAAAACCUGAGAUAUACAAACCACCUUGUGUUCAUUACGUAAUAGAACAGAAAUUGGAUAUUUCGGAUCGAGUUGUUGUGAGCCAUACGGAUCCCUUAUCGAUACUUGUGAAAGAUCUCUGUGAGAAGGUAGAAGAACAGAAUGAGACAUAUUUUACUAUUAUCACAAGGGAUUCAGAGGAAAGAACGUGCUAUAAUGAGGACGAUUGCAUAAAAUGUGACAUUCGCACUUUAACAGGGGAUAGCUUUGAAACCGUACAUCUAAAGAUUGAGGACAAAGAAGAUGGUAGCUACAAUGUAGGAUACACACCACCUCAUACCGGAUUGUAUGAAGUGAAAGUUGAAGUCAAUGGACAGCCGCUGGACGGUAACCCGUGGAGUGUGCAAGUCAUACCUCAUCAGUAUCAGUUGAAGUUCAGUUUUGGUUCAAAUGGCAGUGGACCAGGACAGUUUGAUGGACCUUAUGAUAUUGCUGUUAAUAAGAAAACGGGAACUGUUGCUAUAUCUGACUAUAGAAAUGAAAGAAUUCAGCUGUUUGGCACUAAUGGCCGAUACCUUAGAGAGAUAGGACUGAGGACUGGCUGUAGCUCAUUAGGCUUUACCAAGUCUGGUCACAUAAUUGCCGUUACUCCUAGUGAUGUUCACAAGAUGUCUUUACUCUCUAAGCAGGGUAAGUUUGUCAAGCACAUCGACAGUGAGCACUUGAAGUUUCCUUUUCAUAUAUCCACUGAUGGCGUUGAUGAUAUCACGGUAUGUGAUCGAGAGAGUAAUGAGGUCAUAGCCAUCUCUCAUGACGGAAAAGGGUUAGUAACACGCAUUGCUGCUUCAGAACAUAAUCGAUCAGUAAUGUGCGCCAUUUAUCACAAAGACACAGACCGUUACUUUGUCUCUGAUUCCAAAGCUGACCUGGUCAAAGUUUUUGAUAAGAACGGAAACUUUCUUCAUGAAAUUGGCCGUGGAAAGUUACUGAAUCCUUUUGGACUUGCUAUUGAUAAAUUCAACAAUUUGAUCGUCUGUGAUACUGGGAACAAGAGACUCAAAGUAUUUACUACAAAUGGAGACUUUCUCUAA